CCGGCGUUCGGCGUACACGCUGCGUUAGAGAGCGAGCGAGUGCGAGAUAUCGGUCCCCGUUAUCGGUGGCUAUCGAAAAGAUCGGCGAGAGUGUCCGGCCUGGCGAGCGCGUCCAGUGGAGGAUCCCCAAAGGACCCGCGGGACCAAGAGGAGGACCAGAGUCGUCGUCGAGGUGACCCUCUAACAAUCGUGUAAAGCCACGGGCUGUCGGUGUCGACCGGCUCGCGCUCUGAGGUGGAGCCAUUAGGUUCGUGUGCGAGUGCGUCCGCCGCGUGACGAUUGAACGCACCUUGCUUCUUAGUGUUUGGCUGGCUCUCCGCCUCAAGCACGAGACCUCGUCGGGGCACCCAGCUGUCGGCUGCCGCGUGGGGUUGAGCCGUCCCGCCGCAGAAGCUCGCGGACGACCGGCUUCCCGGGAAGCAGCAAAGCCCUCGCGCACGUGCGUGAGUCGUGUUAAGCCGGUAUCAGACUACGCAUUGGAGAUUGAGAUUAAAGAUUGAAGAUUGGAGAUUGUUCAAUCACAUUACGAUAUUACAAUUAAUAAUAUGACUACGUUCAGAAAAUAAUUCAGUUCAGUGAGAUCUCAGUGAUUCUUAACAUGAUUGGUUCUUUUCUGGAUCUAAGUUUAAAAACCAAUCAUAAUAAAGAAUAAUGGAGCUGUUUUGCUGAACACAUCAAAGUAUCAAGAAACAACCAUAACCUGCCAUACUUAAACCAUUUAUAUAUUCUGAUGUAUCCAGCAAGUGUCUCAAGAGGAAAAAAAUGUUACAUUUUGCUAGAAUAAAGAAGAGAAAGCUAAUUGCUGCUCUUUUAUCAUUAAUAAUAACGGAAGAAGAAGAAACACGAAAUGAUCGUCGUAUAUGGACACAUCCAUAUCUUUUAAGAAGGAAAAAUAGGGGCAUGCAUCAUAAUCUUUUUAUGGAAUUAGCUUUUGAAGAUCCAGAAAGAUUUAGACGAUGCCUUCGAAUGAAUGUUAUUUUAUUUGAAAACUUGUUACGAAAAGUAACUCCGUUAAUAAAAAAACAGGAUACAGUUUUAAGACAAAGCAUUCCUCCCUGUGAAAGGCUAUCUCUCACUCUACGACAUCUUGCAACGGGAGAAAGUCAAGAAUCCCUUCGUCUUUCAUUUCGAAUUGGUCAGAGUACCAUUUCAGGUAUUAUUAAAGAAGUUUGUGCUGCCAUUAUUCAUGUACUUCAAGAAGAAUAUCUUAGAAUGCCAUCAUGUGAAGAUGAGUGGAAGGUUGUAGCUAUGGACUUUGGUCAUCGUUGGAACUUUUAUAAUUGUAUUGGAGCCAUGGAUGCCAAACAUUUUAAGAUUGAUCCACCAUUACAAUCAGGCUCAUUAUAUUAUAAUUACAAAGACACUUUUUCUGUCGUUUUAUUAGCUGUUGUGGAUGCACAGCUUAGAUUUAUAUACGUCGAUGUUGGCACAAAUGGCAGAAUAAGUGACACAGGUAUAUGGAAUAAAUGCAGUUUAAAGGCCCACCUGGAUGAUAAUAGUCUAAAUGUUCCUGAACCAAUAUCUUUGCCUAACACAAAUAAAAAAUUUCCAUUUGUAUUGGUUGGAGAUGAAGGCUUUCCAUUAAGCACUAAAGUUUUAAUACCUUAUCCACGAGAUAUAUGCAGUGGAAGAAAAAAUAAAAGAAUAUUUAACUAUAGAUUAUCCAGAGCGCGACGUUGUUCUGAAAAUGCUUUUGGAGUCUUGGGAGCAAGAUUUCAAAUUUUUAGAUCAGCAAUGCGUUAUGAUCCUGAUGACGCUUCAAAAAUUAUAUUAACUUGCUGCUGUUUACAUAAUAUGUUGAGAAGUGAAGUAAUGGGAAGACAAAUGUAUACGCCUCCUGCCUUUCUUGAUGAAGAAGACGAAUUUAUGUACAGAUUUCAACCAGGAGAAUGGCGGCAAGAGCCUGCUCUUGGAAUGAUAAAUUUGAGAAAUCAAGGAGGCAAUCGUCAUGCUAAUACUGCUUUACAAUUAAGAGAUAAAUGGUGUGAUUAUUUUAAUGCAGAAGGAGCUAUUCCAUGGCAAGACCAUAUGAUUGAUAAUUAGUAAUCGUUAAAAAAUAUUUAUUUUGCUAUAAAGUAAUUUGUGACAAGUUUCUGGUUUUACAUAUCAACAGCACGUUUUAAUACAUACGUAAUUAUAUAAGUAUAUCUACUAUAUAAGUAUAUCUAUUAAUAAAAAAUUUGUAACAUCUAUUAUGACUUCUUGUACAAGAAACAAAACAAAGUAAAUAAUAAAGUAUAAGUAUUUUAUAUACAAAA